CUCACUGACUAGUCAGUCGCGUGUUUAAAAAACCUACAUUGUGUGAUUUUAUUAAUUAAAACCUAGUAUUGUUAAUUGUAAUAGUUUUGUGGGUGUUAAAUAAUAGUGACGAAAACAUAAUGGCCAUGCAACCACACAGUAAAAAGAGAGUGUGCUAUUAUUACGACAGUGAUAUUGGCAAUUACUAUUAUGGACAAGGCCACCCUAUGAAACCACACCGUAUACGCAUGACGCAUAAUUUACUGUUAAAUUAUGGCCUAUACAGAAAAAUGGAAAUUUAUAGACCUCACAAAGCAACUGCUGAUGAAAUGACAAAGUUCCACUCUGAUGACUACAUAAGGUUUCUACGCUCCAUCAGACCUGAUAAUAUGUCUGAAUACAAUAAACAAAUGCAGAGAUUCAAUGUUGGAGAGGACUGUCCUGUAUUUGAUGGUCUAUAUGAAUUCUGUCAAUUGUCUGCUGGAGGUUCUGUUGCUGCAGCAGUUAAAUUGAAUAAACAAGCUUCAGAAAUCUGCAUCAAUUGGGGUGGUGGCCUUCAUCAUGCGAAAAAAUCUGAGGCGUCAGGAUUCUGUUACGUAAACGAUAUAGUAUUGGGCAUUCUGGAACUAUUGAAGUACCACCAGAGAGUUCUGUACAUCGAUAUUGAUGUGCACCAUGGUGAUGGAGUGGAAGAAGCGUUUUAUACUACAGACAGAGUGAUGACUGUAUCAUUCCACAAGUAUGGCGAAUACUUCCCUGGCACAGGUGACCUGCGAGAUAUUGGCGCCGGGAAAGGCAAAUAUUACGCCGUCAAUAUCCCGCUCCGCGACGGCAUGGAUGAUGAAUCUUACGAGUCUAUUUUUGUUCCUAUCAUCUCUAAAGUCAUGGAGACUUUCCAACCUAGCGCAGUCGUUCUUCAAUGCGGUGCUGAUUCACUCACAGGGGACAGAUUAGGAUGCUUCAAUUUAACAGUCCGAGGUCAUGGUCGAUGUGUGGAGUUAGUAAAGAGAUUUGGCUUACCUUUCCUUUUAGUGGGAGGCGGAGGGUACACAAUUCGCAACGUAUCACGCUGUUGGACAUACGAAACGUCUGUAGCGCUUGGUGUAGAAAUAGCUAACGAGUUACCGUACAAUGACUACUUUGAGUAUUUCGGACCGGACUUCAAACUGCACAUAUCACCAAGUAACAUGUCCAAUCAGAACACACCCGAGUAUUUGGAGAAGAUCAAAAACAGACUGUUUGAGAAUCUGAGAAUGCUGCCGCACGCGCCUGGUGUACAGGUACAAGCUAUUCCUGAAGAUGCUGUAAAUGACGAAUCAGAAGAUGAGGACAAAGUCGAUAAAGACGAGCGACUACCACAAAGCGAAAAGGACAAGCGUAUAACGGGCGAGGGUGAGCUGUCUGACUCUGAAGACGAGGGCGAGGGCGGGCGACGGGACAACCGUUCGUAUCGCACGCCGCAACCGCGCAAACGACCGCGCCUCGACAAGGACGCGCCCGCGCUCAAGGACGAGCUCAAAGCCGAAGACUCAAAAGACGACGUGAAAAACAUGAGCGUGGAGGAACCAAAGAAAGAUACGGUACCUAAUCCCUGAUGCGGGCGUUACACUUAACUUCGUAACCGCUUGUUCCGUAAACAGUGGACGCCACAUGGAAACAUUGCAUUAGCAUCAUAAUUAUAGCGCGAGUCCAAUUUUAUGCCCGUUGUGAAGUUUUAGCAGCGAACGCGACUAUUCGCAGUUUUCAGUUAGUAACUCCUAAUUUCGGUUGUCGCAACUUGCGCAAACUUCACAAUCGCCAUUGAGUUUGAUUCGCACUCUACAGUCAGUGAGUGCUAAAAUUCAUGUACCGUAAACUGUACAAAUUAAUUUUAUAUCGUGAUACAUUUUAGAACACAAGUGUGUUAGUUCACGGAUUUUGUACUGAUGAAUGAGAUCUCCGAAGCCGAUCAAGUUGUCACUUCUCAUUAAUUGGGAUCAAUUUGUAACGCAAACUAAACAAUAAAAAUAAUUCCUCA